GAACAGAAACAUAACCAGGGAAAAAGGAGGAGGAAUAAACACACGCCUGUCCAUAAUAAAACUGGCUCUUGAAGACUCAGCGGCAGCCCUGCACUGGAGACUGACGACUUGCGCGGCUGUGAUCUCCGCCCUGCAGCGGACCCUCGACUGCCCUGCACUGCGGCUCUGGAGGCCCCGACUCAGUGCAUGGGAAAGAAAUCCUCACUAUCAGAAAACAGAGGGGCAAUUUGCUGCUCUCCCUUUCCGGCCCAACACGUCACCCAUCAACCGGGUACCUACGAAGAGGCUUUCAGAGGAGGCGCCCAAGGUCUCCCAGGCCCGCCCCUGCCCAAUCACACUCCGCUCAGCUCCCUCAACUUUUGGCCUCCAGGAAGUUUGCAGCGUUCUCACGCUUGGCAGGAAGUUCCCGCCAAAGCUUCCGGAAAAUCCUUUAAAAAACACCGCUUGCGCUGGGCGGGGCUUGGUGAGCUCUCACCCCUAUCUCCAAGUUCCGGGUGUUGUCGCGAGGCCUGCUCUGUCCGGAACUUCCGGUUCCGGUCAGGGUCCGUGGUCUCGGCCUAACGAUGCGGUCCCGGGUUCUGUGGGGCGCUGCUCGGUGGCUGUGGCCCCGCGGGACCGUUGGCCCAGCCCGCCGGUCCCUGAGCUCCGGUAGCCCGCCGCUGGAGGAGCUGUUCGCUCGGGGCGGGCCCUUGCGGACCUUCCUCGAGCGCCAGGCGGGGUCUGAAGCCCAUUUGAAGGUCAGGAGGCCUGAGUUGCUGGCGGUGAUCAAACUGCUGAACGAGAAGGAGCAGGAACUGCGGGAGACUGAGCACUUGCUGCACGAUGAGAAUGAGGAUUUAAGGAAACUUGCAGAGAAUGAAAUAACUUUGUGUCAAAAAGAAAUAACUCAGCUGAAGCAUCAGAUUAUCUUACUUUUGGUUCCCUCAGAAGAAACAGAUGAAAAUGAUUUGAUACUGGAAGUAACUGCAGGAGUUGGAGGUCAGGAGGCAAUGUUGUUUACUUCAGAGAUAUUUGAUAUGUAUCAGCAAUAUGCUGCAUUUAAAAGAUGGCAUUUUGAAACCCUGGAAUAUUUUCCAAGUGAACUAGGUGGCCUUAGACAAGCAUCUGCCAGCAUUGGGGGUUCAGAAGCCUAUAGGCACAUGAAAUUUGAAGGAGGUGUUCACAGAGUACAAAGAGUACCAAAGACAGAAAAGCAAGGCCGCGUCCAUACUAGCACCAUGACUGUAGCAAUACUACCCCAGCCUACUGAGAUUAAUCUGGUGAUUAAUCCGAAAGAUUUGAGAAUUGACACUAAGCGAGCCAGUGGAGCUGGGGGACAGCAUGUAAAUACCACAGACAGUGCUGUCCGGAUAGUUCAUCUUCCAACAGGUGUUGUUUCUGAAUGUCAACAAGAGAGAUCUCAGCUGAAAAAUAAAGAGCUGGCUAUGACAAAGUUACGUGCAAAACUGUACAGCAUGCAUCUAGAAGAAGAAACAAAUAAAAGACAGAAUGCUAGAAAAAUUCAGAUUGGAAGUAAAGGAAGAUCAGAGAAAAUAAGAACAUACAAUUUUCCACAGAACCGGGUCACAGAUCACAGAAUAAACAAGACACUGCAUGAUCUUGAAACUUUUAUGCGAGGAGAUUAUCUACUGGAUGAACUUGUACAGUCAUUGAAGGAAUACGCCGAUUAUGAAUCUUUAGUAGAAAUUAUUUCCCAAAAAGUUUAAGUUGAUUUGUUAUUUAUAGACUUUCGUAGCUUAGAAAAAUUCUACAGUACAUCCACAUAGGGUGAAAAUACCCUUAUUCUCUUAAAAAACAUGAGUUAACACAGUUGGAGGUAAUAUGCAUAUUCUGAAGUCAUAGAUAAUUUACACAGAUCUCUCUCAAUGCAUUAGCAAAAAUCAUACAAUAUACAGAUGGUCCUCAAUUUACAUUGUGGAUAAUUCCCAAUAAACCCAUCAUGGGUUAAAAAUGCAUAUAGCGUUAGCAACACAGCAGUCUCCUACUUAAUGACAGCUUGACUUAACAAUUUUCCAACUUUACCAUGGUGUGAAAGAGGUAUGAUUCCUAAGUCCUAAGGAGCUCCUCAGCUUGAAAUGGGGCUGCAUCCCUAUAAAUCCAUCAUAAAGUCAAAAAAUCCUAAAACAUAAGUUGGUGACCAUCUGUAAUCAUGACGUGGUGGUAAAUCUCGGACGCUUCCUUACAAUAAGUAGACAAAGGAAAAUCAUCCUUUGUCCUAACUUUUAAGAGGGAUGAAAGAGAGCUAUGAUGUCCUAGGACUAAGAGUAUCCCAGGAAAGAAUACCCUUGAAAGGGUCUCCCCUUCCCCAUGGUGAAGUCAGGCCUAAUGGAGAGAGAGUGGCUACAGCCUACUCAAUGAUGGGGAAAUUCCCUGUCUUGCCCUGGGCCAGAGCUGGUGUACAGCUGGUGGAUCAGGUCUUAAAAGCAAAGAACCUCACACUCUCGACUGGUAAGCCAGAAGCCUCUUGCUAGGGUGUGAGCAAAACUUGGACAGGAACUCUCAGUAGAUGUUUGUGUUUGUCAAGAUUCUCCAGACAAACUUCCUUAAAAGGAUUGGCUUAUGUUAUUAUUAAGUCUAACAAGUCCAAAAGCUGGAGUGUGAGGCAGGAGGCUGGAAACCCAGGAAAGCUGAUGGUGCAGGUCCAGUCCAAAGGUAUUUGUUGGAGGAUUCUCUUGUUCUGGGAAGAGGACGGUCUUUUUUUCUCUUCAGACCUUCACCUGACUGGAUCAAGCCCACUAACAUCGAGGAGGGCAGUCUGCAUUACUCAAGAGUUCACUGAUUGAUUUAAAUGUCAAUCUCAUGUAAAAGCACCCUCACAGAAACACCUAGAAUAAUGUUUGACCUUAUAAUUGGAAAAUCAGAGCAAAAGUUAAAUCUCUAAAAAAAAAAAAGUAUGACCCAGUAGCUAGGAACCUGUGGCCCCGCCAAGUUGACACAUAAAAUUAACUGUCACAGUAUCAUCUUAGAAGUGAAAGAAGCCCCUUUAUCCUGUAGUGCCCCUCUACCACCACCUACUGACAAAGAACAUGGUGCUAUCUGGCAUGGGAGAAAUGUUCAGUUUGCUAUGGCUUGUAUGUGUCCCCUCAAAUUCAAGUGUUGCCAAUGUGACAGCAUCAAGAGGUGGGGCCUUUAAGAGAUCACUAGGCCAUGAGGGAUUUUCUUAGGACUGGGAUGAAGGCCCUUAAUAAAAGAGGUUUCAGGGAGCAUCCUGCUAGCUUGCCUUCUGUAUGUGAGAACACAGCAAGAAAGCCCUAGUCAACAAGUGCCAGCUCCUUGAUCUUAAGACUUCCCAUCCUCCAGAACUGUGAGAAAUACAUUUCUGUUCCUUAUAAAUUA